AGUCUCUUGAUGUUGUAGUACGCUGUGACGUCUGCAGCGAAGCGAGCGCAAUCACAGCUUAUAAACGCUGGGUUUUACUUUGGAUUCUCUCAUCAGUUAGUAUCCAUCUUUGCUUGUUUGGCGUCUCUCUCCUCCCUAACACCUCCCUUUCCAUUUGAACUACAAAGGUGUAACGCCUUUCGCCGGAGAACUUACUGACUGCUUCAAGAAAGCACUUGCUGUUGUUGUUGCGGCUUCUGCGUUGUUCUGGAAUAUCACACUUUAAAAAAAUCAGAAGAGGCGCUUUCUUUUUGUUCCAGAAUUCCCAAAAGAAAAAACCGGCAGCGCCGAUUUGUCGACUUGAAGUUGAUAGAAGAUAAUCACCCGUGUGUAUGUGUAUUCGCGAGAAACCAGCAUUGCGGAACAAUGGUAGGUGGCAAAAGAAAAGGCACCAACGCCCUGGAGAACUGUUUGGUGCUGAACGGCCGCUUUCGCGUCGGCCAGCGCAUCGGCGGCGGCUCCUUCGGUGAAAUCUUCCUCGGCUACGACAUCCAAACCGGCGACACCGUCGCCGUCAAGGUGGAGCGGGCGAAGACGAACCACCCGCAGCUGCUGGCUGAGUCGCGGUACUACAGCUGCAUUAGUCAGGGGCACGCGGCGGCGUACAUGCCGAUCAUCUACGGCUUCUCCGCGGAAGGGGACUACAAUGUCAUGGUGAUGGAGCUGAUGGGUCACUCCCUCGAAGACCUACACGGCCAGUGCGGCAACCGUUUCUCGCUCAAGACGACGCUGAUGCUGGCGGAUCAAAUGUUAAAGUUGAUUGAACUCGUGCACUGCUGCAGCAUCCUGCACCGUGAUAUUAAGCCAGACAACUUUAUCAUGGGUCUCGGCAAGAAGACACACCACGUCCACAUCAUCGACUUCGGUCUGGCCAAGAAGUACCGUGACCCGCGCACGCACGUGCACAUCCCCUACAAGGAGGGGAAGUCACUCACCGGCACGGCGCGUUACUGUAGUGUGAACACCCACCUCGGCAUCGAGCAGAGCCGCCGUGACGAUUUGGAGGGCAUCGCGUACUUGCUUAUUUACUUUUUUAAAGGCGCGCUGCCAUGGCAGGGGUUGAAGGCGGCAAACAAGGACCAAAAGUACGGUCUCAUCGCGCAAGUGAAAAUGUGCACCCCCAUCGAGACUCUGUGCAGUGGCAUUCCGGUGGAAUUCGCCUCUUUUGUGAACUACGCGCGUGCGCUGCGCUUUGAGGAUCGACCAGAUUACGGGUACCUGCGAGCUAUGUUUCGCCGCGUCUUCGAGCGGGAAGGCUACCAAGAGGACUACGUCUACGACUGGACGGUGCGGGCGAUGCAGGAGACCAUCGCAACGCGUCAGCGUAAGCGAGGAGACCACAAGCACAGUAAGAAAUAA